AAACUAAGCAAUACUAAGAACAAUGUUUGGUUUAAUGAAUCGUUAUUUUUUAAGAUGUUCAGGUCAUGCAUUUAAGACUGUUUCAUUCCGAAGCUUUGAGAAAAGUUAUCCACAACUUAGAGUUAUAAAUGUUUGCACGUCUAAGUAUGUGUCUAAUAGAUACAUACAUUUAUUACCAAGUAAUAAAAAAGGCUCUGAUAUUAGAAAAAAUGUUAUUACAUGGAGAAGUGUAAUAAUUACAACUAUAUUAGGAUCAACUUUUUUACUUUAUAUGUAUUAUCUCCAAGAGACAAAAGAUAAACAAAUAGAACGUGAGAGAAGGCGUGAACUAGGAAAGGCAGCAAUUGGUGGAAGAUUUGAACUAGUUGAUUCCAAAGGAAAAACAUGGAAGUCAGAGGAAUUUUUAGGACAGUGGGUUUUAAUAUAUUUUGGCUUUACACAUUGUCCUGAUAUAUGUCCAGAUGAACUUGAAAAAAUGAAAGAAAUUGUCAAUACACUAGAAGAGAAACAUAAUAUAAAAGUUCAACCCAUAUUUAUUUCUGUGGAUCCUGAUAGAGAUACACCAGAAACUGUGGGCAAAUAUGUUAAAGAAUUCUCUGAUAAAAUUCUUGGUUUAACUGGAACCAGAGAACAAAUUGCUAAAGUAUGCAAAGCUUACAGAGUAUACUAUAGUAAUGGACCUAAGGAUCAAGAUUCAGACUACAUUGUUGAUCAUACAAUAAUUAUAUAUCUCAUUGAUCCAGAUGGGUUAUUUGUAGACUAUUAUGGUUUGACUCAUACUGCUGAACAAGUUGUACAUAGUGUUUGUAUAAACAAGAUAAAGUAUGACAAAAUAAAAACAGAUUCUUGGAUUUCAUCAAUACCAUUUAAAAACCCAUUACCAGUGUAA